UUCACACACUGACGCAAACACAGACACAUGCUCAUACAGACAGACACACACACACACACACACACACACACACACACACACACACACACACACACACACACACACACACACACACACACACACACACACACACACACACACACACACACACACACACACACACACACACACACACACAUGCAUGCAUACAGGACAUCACAGAGCCCAGACGUUUUUUUUGUUGCAGAAUUUAUGAGACUAGCAUACAUGUGCCACACUCACAGACAGACAGACAGACAGACAGACAGACAGACACAUGCACUCACACAUGCACAUCGCCGCAGCCCCACAAACACACACACAAGCACAAACACAUUCCAACGCUCACACAGACACACAGACACACUUAAAUACACGCAUACACUUACAUACAAAUACUUGCUCACACAUGCAUAGAGACACAUGCAUAGACAGAACACACACUCAUACCAACAUUGUUGUACUCUUGCACACACACACACAGACACACACACACACACAUCUGAGUCCCCAGUCACCUGCAAACCAGUCUGAGGACCUUUUGAGAGGACCACUAGAAACGUCUUCUGGCCCACUUGCCUUUAAUAAGCAAGGAGCUCGGGGAUCCAUAUUAAAGUGUUCUAAUGUCCAAAUUCAGCUCCGCUUCAUUAAUCUCCACUCCGAAAAUGACUUAAAGAGAUAUAUUUUCCAUUACACACUUUUUACAGCAUAUUCUCUAGGCACCCAAGACAUGUGAGACGUUUUAAUAAACGAGGAACAGACCGUGAGGAGCUCUCUCUUGAGGGGAAUCCUGAAACAUUUCACCUGCAGAGGAUCACAAAAGGUCUAAAUGUAGAACAGCAGAGUAGAAAAUCGGACAAUGUUCUUCUUCUUAAGGUGAUGUCCACGGUUGGGGAAGCUUCGGGACUUCUGAUGGUCCCUGAAGCCCCGCUGCCGCCCUCCCCCAAGCCUUUAUAGUGAACACUCUUCCUUAACACUUGAAAUUAGAAGUUGCUCUCUGAGCGCAGUGUGCCUGCUCAGCACAAAAGCUCCCUAGCUCGGCCACGUCAUGUGACUCCUUUAUGUGAUCCUCACUUAGUCGUGACAAAAAAAACGCACUCCUUCAUCCUCGCAUCUCCCCGAUGUAAUUAACCCUCCACCUGCUAGGUACGUGUCCCCUAUUCCCUCGGUAUGCUUCUAGACGUCUCCUCUCCUCAGGCUGCUCCUUCAGGCCAACCCCGGAGUCCUGAAUAGCCAAAACCUUGGCUGAUGUCAAUGUCUGCCUGGACUCUCGAAACAACUACUGCACAGCCUUUCAUCCACACUUAAAAAGCUUUUGGCAUCCACUAGAUUUGUUCACAAAUGCCCUCUCGAGUGGAUAAAUCUGUAAAUGCUGGUCUCUUACAACGAUAUUGUGUUUAUUAGGGUUAACGUAAACUUGUGACACGAUCCAGACAUCUGCGGCAGUCAAAGGGGUUGGCUGAUAUGCGAGGAAAGAAGGUCCUGCAACUUUUCAAUGUGGAAAGACAGCUUUACGAAAAAAAAACGUUUUUACAAAAUAGCACAAUUCUUAAUCUGCGACGUGAAACGCUCCACAGUUAGCAGGCACGUGUGACAAGGUGCUAAGCCAGGUAAUAAUGUGCUGCUGCCUCAUAGCGGGCUUUAAAAGCCUGGCAGCAGGAGGCAUGUCCCUCAUGACUGAUGAGAAGCUGUCUCAUCGUUCCUCGUCAUCAUCAUCAUCAACACACCUCCCUUCAGACCUCUUAAUCCGCUGUUCUUUUAAGAAACAUAUUGUUCCUUUAAUCAUAUCCCCUCUCCCAGAGGCCCAGGUCUGAUGUGUGUGUGUGUGUGUGUGUGUGUGUGUGUGUGUGUGUGUGUGUGUGUGUGUGUGUGUGUGUGUGUGUGUGUGUGUGUGUGUGUGUGUGUGUGUGUGUGUGUGUGUGUGUGUGUGCGUGUAUCUGUGUGUGUGUGUGUGUUUCUUUUGUGCACGAUCUUGAUUUUGUGUGAUCUUGUGUGUCCUCGGAUGAAUGUGCGUGCUCCCCUUUAUGCGUGCGUGUGUGAACCUAUCUGUCCUUAUUUCGCUGGUGUGUGCGUAUCCGUCUAUCGUGUAUGUGUGUGUGUGUCCCUGCGCAUGUGAUGUGCGUGUGUGAGUGUGUGUGCGUGCUCUCCCCUGCCGCCCCACAGCUUAAGUUUGACAGCGACGGCGUGUGCGUGUGCUGCGAGCUGCCGCAGCAGAGCUCCAGCUGCACCAACCUGGGCGAGACGCUGAAGCUCAACCCGCUGCGGGACUGCAACACCAUCCGCCUGCGCCUCAAGGAGCUGCUGUUCAGCGUGUGCGCCCUCAACGUCAUCUCCACCAUCGUGUGUGCCCUGGCCACCGCCAUGUGCUGUAUGCAGAUGGUGUCCACUGACCUGCUGCAGAUGUUCAUGCCUCACCGUGGCCGGGCCCUGAACGCGGACUGCGUGACCCCCCACGGCACCAUCCUCCACCAGACCCUGGACUUUGACGAGUUCAUUCCGCCCAUCCCCCCGCCCCCCUACUACCCCCCGGAGUACACCUGCACCCCCUCCAUGGACGGACAGAGAGGCCUACAGCUAGACUUCCCCCACUCUCCGUUCAGUGCCAUCUACGGCGUUCCAAUCAACAGCCCGGGAACGCUGUACCCCACAGACCUGCCCCCGCCUUAUGAGUCUGUUGUAAGCUACACCCCCGCCAGCCAGGUAACCAGCAGCAUCGAACAGCGAGCCACUGAGUCCAGUCUUUGUGAGGGAACCACCGCGGGCCUCAGCACUCAGGCCUCGGUGGACAGCGCCUCCCUCCUGGUGUCCGAGCUGGCCGACCUGCAGGACAACAGCUCCUCAGACGACCUCUGCUCCCUGGAGGUCCCGGGCGGGGGCUCUGACUCCUCCCCCUACACCACGUCCCACCCCGGCCACCCCGACGGCACUGGCCCCCAGGAGCUGAGGGCCCAGGGGCCCCCGCGGGGGGGCCACCAGCGCGGCCUCGCCGACACCACCUACAGCGAGUCGUCCCACACCCAGUCCCCCGACUGGUCGUCGGACAACGCCAGCAACCUGGACCACGACGAGCACGGCGACGGCCCCCACGGCGGCGAGGAGCACGGCGCCCGCGGCCUGCACGUGUGCGAGGAGCUGGCGUCGGCCAAACACGCGGCGGAGGAACCGCCCAGGACCGCCCCGCACGCGCUGAUCAGGGCGCGCGUGUUCAGCCGGAAGCUCACCCUGCCCGUGGCGCUGGCCCCGCCGCCGCAGCCCUGCUCCCCCACCUCGCUGGCCUCGUCCGGGGGCACGUCGGGGCUCAGCCCCCUGCCGCCCUCCGCCUCGCCCUCGCCGCCGCCGCCGGCGCCGGCGCGGCCGCGCGGGUCCCGGCUGUGUUUCAGCGUGUGGACGCCUUCCUCCUCGUCAUCGUCGUCCUCCUCCCAGCCGCCGGCGCGGAGCGGCUGCUCGCCCGGAGACCGGCCGCGGGGGUUCCGGGCGGUCCGGAAGUACCGCAGGCUGGCCCGCAUGGUGCGCUCCACCAGCGACCCCAUCUCCUGCUCCUCCACAACGGGAGGGGAUGGCUGUGGAUGUGUGCCCGCUGGGAAAGCUCCUUCUGGGGACUCUGAUGAGACGUCUCCCCUGGAUGAUCAAGUAACAGUGUCAACAGAACCAGCAGACAUCAUCAGCCUCAAACCCCGAGCACUGCGCACACACUUGGGGUCCCAGGAGCGACCCCACUCCCUGGCCGACCUCAAGACGUAUAAAGACACCAAAAUCCUGGUGGCCAAGUUCCUGGAGCACUCCAGCUGCAGUCUCCCCCCAGAGGUCCAGCAGGUGGUCAACUCCAUCAAGAGUGUUAUCCAGUCGGACGAGAAGCACAUGGAGGAGGCCAUCUUCAGCGCCAAUGUCAUCGAUCAGGUAAUGAGCCAAUCCCAGCGGAGCCGAGGCACUUCCAGGAAGUGUUGCCAUAGCGACAUCCACCUCCAGAGCUGUGGCGCCUUGAGCUCUUCACCGUCCCUGCGCCGUUCCAAACGCCUGUCAUCCCACCUGCUGGGCAGCCCCGACACAACCCGGCGCACCCCCUCCGACCGGAGCCUCACGUCCAGGGAGACAGUUCUCUGACCGCCCAACCACCACAACCACCACCACCACCACAACAAGGACUCAGCCCAGUGAUGGAGGUGUUUUUCCGGGGGCCCGCCGGGCCGAUGCAGUCGGGCCCAGCCAUACAGCAGCAGAGAUCUGACGUUGGUUUGCGGGUGUGCUAGAUGUAUCUCUGCGUGGGGACUUCAGAGAGGGCUGAUACCCGUCAGCCCUCUUGACCCCAGUGCCAUGUGAAGCAGCGCUCCGCCCAUCAGCAGGAACGGUAGCAUACUGGGAUCCGAAGCAGCGACCGGUAGCUCUCGCACUCAACGGAAAAAAAUACGACUAGUAGAAAAUAACAAAAAAAAACAUAAACAUCAAACCAGAAUGUUCUCCCUCAGGGGAUUUUUCUUUUACUUUUCAAAUUACAUUCAGUUCAAAAGGAAUACGUCUUGCUGUUUUUGCUCUUAUUUGCCCACAUCUGAUCCAUAUCCGGUGCUAAUGGGAGCAACUGAAGUUUGUAUUGAACUGUCGCUACCAGCUCUGUUUAAAGACAGAGCGGCACUUAACAGAGCGGGGAGAGGGUAAAUAUUUAGUUGUGCCGCUGGUUAAAGGCUUAUUUAUCUUACCUCAGUGUGUUUCCAUUCUCAUCAGUGUUCUAAUAAAACAUGAGUUUCUAA